GGUCAUUGUUCUCGCGCCGCUAGGCGCAGAGGUCCUGGUCCGUAGUCCUGCUUCCCCAAACCCCGCGAGCUCCGGCCGGGCCUUUCGGCGGCGCACGGAGGCAGCACUGGCCUGGGCCCUGGGAAGAAACGGAAGAAGAAACUUCUGAAACAGAACGGUUAGAUGGGGCUUGACCUCUGCGGGCAGCCCCCAGCUGUAGUCCCCCUGCCGAGCGGAGCAGAUGACUGCCGAUCUGAGAGAGGCCAUGGCCCUGGCCCCUUGGGGCCCAGUGACAGUGAAGAAGGAGGAGGAAGAGGAGGAAACCUUUCCGGAUCAGGCACCCGGCCCGCAGGCCCACUCUGGGAACAUCAAAGCCUGGGCCCCUGGGCAGGCUUCCCACGGAGGCCUCGAUGUAGCGGAACAGGAGGAGAAGGGUGAGAACCUGUUCUGGGACAUGGCAGUGGUCCUGAAAGCAACGCAGGAGGCACCUGCUGCUGCGGCCCUCGGCAGCUGCGCAUUACGGGGGAAUUUGGCCAAGGGCGAGGUCCUGGAGAGUCAUGGGAACGUGGCCUCGCUAGGUGCUGAAACCAGGAACCCACAGUUAUUGGUUCCAAAAACUGAAAUAUGUGAUGAAGCAGAAAAACCUUUCAUAAUACCAGAAAGAAUCCAGAAAGCUGACUCUCAAGGACCGGAGGUAGAAGAAGCAUGUGAAAAAGGGACCAUGUUGAAAAGGCAGAGAAUAAAGAGGGAGAAGAAAGAUUUCAGACAAGUGGCAGUGAAGGACUGUCACGUACCUAAAAGCUUCAAAGAAGAGGAAGACCAGAAAUGUCAGAAAUCCGGGGAAAGAUACCCCUUGAGUUCUGGCCCCGUUAAAAACCAGAAAAGCCAGGCUGGGCAGAAACCUUUCACCUGCAGUGUGUGUGGGAAAGGCUUUAGUCAGAGCGCAAACCUCGUGGUGCACCAGCGAAUCCACACGGGGGAGAAGCCCUUCGAGUGCCACGAGUGCGGGAAGGCCUUCAUCCAGAGUGCGAACCUCGUUGUGCACCAACGAAUCCACACUGGACAGAAGCCCUACGUGUGUUCCAAGUGCGGGAAAGCCUUCACUCAGAGUUCCAACCUGACAGUGCACCAAAAAAUCCACUCCUUAGAAAAAACUUUUAAGUGCAGUGAGUGUGAGAAAGCCUUCAGUUACAGCUCACAGCUUGCUCGGCACCAGAAAGUCCACAUCACAGAAAAAUGCUAUGAGUGUAACGAGUGUGGGAAAACAUUCACGCGGAGCUCCAACCUCAUUGUCCACCAGAGGAUCCACACCGGGGAGAAGCCUUUUGCCUGUAAUGACUGCGGCAAAGCCUUCACCCAGAGCGCCAAUCUUAUUGUGCAUCAGCGAAGCCAUACUGGUGAGAAGCCAUAUGAGUGUAAAGAGUGUGGAAAGGCCUUCAGUUGUUUUUCACACCUGAUCGUGCACCAGAGAAUCCACACUGCAGAGAAACCUUAUGACUGCAGUGAGUGUGGAAAAGCCUUCAGUCAGCUCUCUUGCCUUAUUGUGCACCAGAGGAUUCACAGUGGAGACCUUCCCUAUGUGUGUAAUGAGUGUGGGAAGGCCUUCACCUGCAGCUCCUACCUGCUCAUCCAUCAGAGAAUCCACAACGGGGAGAAGCCGUACACGUGUGGCGAGUGUGGCAAGGCCUUCCGGCAGAGGUCGAGCCUCACUGUGCACCAGCGAACACACACUGGGGAGAAGCCCUACGAGUGUGAGAAGUGUGGCGCGGCCUUCAUUUCCAACUCGCACCUCAUGCGACACCACAGAACCCACCUGGUUGAGUAACGAAUCAAGGACGUAGAUGCCCCUGCUGGUUCCUUCCUCCUUUGUAAAAACGAGGCCUGAUCUGUCCUUAAAAAUUACAUUUUUCAGGAGUGCAGCACAAGAUAAACAUUUCAGAGGCAGACGUUAAGAAAAUGAAACCUAAGCUCCCAAAGGCAAGGACUUUGUUUUUAACUGUCCCCUAAGUGGUGAUGUUGCCUGAAAUAGAAUGUGGCUUUCCUAGAAAUGCGUCCUAUAAAGCCAAGUGAUAAAGGUCUCAUUUGGGGAAAGGUAUUUUUAAGCUCUUAAGUUUUGUUUUUAAAAACUGGUAAUUUCUUGAGCAACAGGCAGGUUACUGGAGAAGGUCUGCCUGGUGGAAUUCUGGUGCUUUGAACCUUUUCUCCUAGUAUUUGGGGUUAAGCAGUGACUAGUUACAGAAACUACUUGGGGUGGUAAUUCACCAACAACUCACCUAUGAAUAUAAGCUUUCCAUUCCCUAGGUAAUCAAAAACAAAAACAAUUUUAUAAACCUAUU